GCGAGCGGCGCGAGACGCGGCUGCUGCGUUUUCUAACCCGGACUUGAGCGGCUGACGCGGCUGCAACGCCAGGAUCUGCAUCUCCAAUGGAUACUGAGGGGUUUGGUGAGCUCCUUCAGCAAGCUGAACAGCUUGCCGCUGAGACCGAGGGCAUCUCAGAGCUUCCCCAUGUGGAACGGAACCUACAGGAGAUCCAGCAGGCAGGCGAGCGCCUGCGUUCCCGUACCCUCACACGCACAUCCCAGGAGACAGCAGAUGUCAAGGCGUCAGUUCUCCUCGGGUCUCGGGGACUUGACAUAUCCCACAUCUCCCAGCGAUUGGAGAGUCUGAGUGCAGCCACCACCUUUGAGCCUCUUGAGCCUGUGAAGGACACAGACAUUCAGGGCUUCCUAAAGAAUGAAAAGGACAAUGCCCUGCUGUCUGCCAUCGAAGAGUCCCGGAAGAGGACCUUUGGCAUGGCUGAGGAGUACCAUCGAGAGUCAAUGCUGGUUGAGUGGGAGCAAGUGAAACAGCGGAUUCUCCACACCCUGCUGGCAUCGGGAGAAGAUGCCCUUGACUUUACUCAAGAAAGCGAGCCAAGUUACAUCAGUGAUGCGGGACCCCCUGGUCGAAGCUCUCUGGACAGCAUCGAGAUGGCCUAUGCCCGGCAGAUAUAUAUCUAUAACGAGAAGAUUGUCAACGGACACCUGCAGCCUAACCUUGUGGACCUCUGUGCUUCCGUCACAGAGCUGGAUGAUAAGAACAUCUCUGACAUGUGGACCAUGGUAAAACAAAUGACAGACGUGUUGUUGACACCAGCGACUGAUGCCCUGAAGAGCCGCAACAGCGUGGAAGUGCGCAUGGAGUUCGUCAGGCAGGCCUUGGGAUACCUCGAGCAGAGUUAUAAGAAUUAUACCCUUGUGACUGUCUUUGGCAACUUGCAUCAGGCCCAGCUGGGCGGGGUGCCUGGGACUUACCAGUUGGUUCGAAGUUUCCUGAACAUCAAACUUCCGGCUCCCUUGCCUGGACUUCAGGAUGGAGAGGUGGAAGGCCAUCCUGUGUGGGCGUUAAUUUAUUACUGCCUGCGCUGUGGAGACCUGCUUGCCGCUUCACAGGUGGUCAACCGAGCCCAGCACCAGCUGGGAGAGUUUAAAACUUGGUUCCAGGAGUACAUGAACAGCAAGGACAGAAGAUUGUCCCCAGCUACGGAGAACAAGCUCCGACUGCAUUACCGCAGGGCCCUCAGGAACAACACGGACCCCUACAAACGGGCUGUGUACUGUAUCAUUGGCAGAUGUGACAUCACUGACAACCAGAGCGAGGUGGCCGACAAAACUGAGGACUACCUGUGGCUGAAGUUGAACCAGGUGUGUUUCGAUGAUGACGGCACCAGCUCCCCACAGGACAGGCUCACUCUCUCUCAGUUCCAGAAACAGUUGUUGGAAGACUACGGUGAGUCCCACUUCACGGUGAACCAUCAGCCCUUCCUCUACUUCCAAGUGCUGUUCCUGACCGCGCAGUUCGAAGCUGCCAUUGCCUUUCUCUUCCGCAUGGAGCGGCUGCGCUGCCAUGCUGUCCACGUGGCGCUAGUGCUCUUUGAGCUAAAGCUGCUUUUAAAAUCCUCGGGACAGAGCGCUCAGCUCCUCAGCCAUGAGCCUGGCGACCCUCCCUGCAUGCGGAGGCUGAACUUCGUGCGGUUACUCAUUCUCUACACCCGGAAGUUUGAAUCCACGGACCCGAGAGAGGCCCUCCAAUACUUCUACUUCCUCAGAGACGAGAAAGACAGUCAAGGAGAAAACAUGUUUCUGCGUUGUGUGAGCGAGCUGGUGAUAGAAAGUCGAGAGUUCGAUAUGAUUCUUGGGAAACUAGAGAACGAUGGAAGUAGAAAGCCUGGAGUCAUAGAUAAGUUUACUAGUGACACAAAGCCUAUUAUCAACAAAGUUGCUUCCGUGGCAGAAAAUAAAGGACUGUUUGAAGAAGCAGCAAAGCUUUAUGACCUUGCCAAGAAUGCUGACAAGGUUCUGGAGCUGAUGAACAAACUGCUCAGCCCUGUCGUCCCCCAGAUCAGUGCCCCGCAGUCCAACAAGGAGAGGCUGAAGAACAUGGCACUCUGCGUCGCGGAGCGGUAUAGGGCUCAGGGAAUCAGUGCAAAUAAAUUUGUGGACUCCACGUUCUAUCUUCUGUUGGACUUGAUCACCUUUUUUGACGAGUAUCACAGUGGGCAUAUUGACAGAGCCUUUGAUAUAAUUGAUCGGUUGAAGCUGGUGCCCCUGAAUCAGGAAAGUGUGGAAGAGAGAGUGGCUGCCUUCAGAAAUUUCAGUGAUGAGGUCAGGCACAACCUCUCAGAAGUGCUUCUCGCCACCAUGAACAUCUUGUUCACACAGUUUAAGAGGCUCAAGGGGACAAGUCCAUCAUCGGCAUCCAGGCCCCAGCGAGUCAUCGAGGACCGUGAUUCUGUAAGAUCCCAGCCAGAUGGUUGGCCAGAGCCAUCGCUGAGAACCACCUUUCUGGUUUGCUGUCCAUUGCACCUCAUGAGACCACUGCUCAUGACCCUAAAUUGCUCGUUUCUUUACUAUCUGGCAGCUGGGUAAAGUUUGUGUCGGGGGCUCCCGGAAGAAAUCGAACAUUAAUGGGGUUGCUACUCUUCUCAAGCUAAAAAACAAAGAUGUGCUAAGUCAGCGAAUAUCACCUUUAAAAAAAUCAAAAUGCUAAUUUAUACUGAUUCCACAAGAAUUCCAGCCCAUUUUAAAAUAGAAGGUCAUUUUAUGAGUCUCAGUUCAGCACUUUCAUGAAAACCAUAGUUACUUUUGGUCAACAAUUAGAUGCAAACCCUUGUUUCUACUGUCAUCUCACAGUGACUCCAGGGAGGUACCUAGGACAGUCGUUAUCCCCAUUUUACAGUUGAGGGAUCUGAGGCCUGGGUCAGGAGGUGUCUUGCUUUUGUGGGCCCCUCAGGUGGUAGGUGAAGGAGCCACGUCUGGGAGCCGGGUCUGUCUGAUACCAAGGCCAGUGCCCUUUCCAUUGCCUGUGGGGCCUCCGGCAUUGCUUGGGUCAUGCAGAGUCCAGGUAGAUAGAACCCUGGGAUUCCAACAGUGUAUGGUGUACAUUUGAUUUGAUAAAAGGGGAAAGAAAGGUGUUUGACCCAAUUAAACCAUUAAUUCCGUCGUGCAAUGGAUAGCGCAUUGGACUUCCAAUUAAACCAUUAAAACAGGCAGUGUUUUAGAAUUACCUUUCCCUUAACAUUUCCACUUACUGUUUGGUGAGUCUCUCAGUAUGGUGUACAACAGCCAUACCUGAUUUUGGCAAUCAAGAAACUAGAGCCUUGAAAAUCUAUCUCCCGCCUCCAUGGAUAUCUGAGGGCUCUCUCUGCUAUGACCCCUACAGGCAUUGUCACUGUCAGAACCUCUGCCUCGUGAGUGAUGGUGGGAAUUUUCACCUUUAGCAGCAUACAUAGCAGUACUCAGAAGUGGUCCUCCGACGUGGUAGGCCCAUCCGUGUGUGCAUGAGAGGCAGCUGCAGGUCUGCCAUCUGCCCUUGGACAGGCAAGAGCCUACAUAGGAGAUGUGCCAGCAGUGGGCUCGCUGUGCUGGGGCCCUGGCAGCAGUGCUGUUGUGAAUACGACUACUGAAGUGGUGGGCGUUUCUGAUACUCUCUGUACUGCUUACAGGUCAGAGCAGGGCUUGCUCACAGAGAGCAGAGCUGGUGGCCUGGCAGGUCCAUUUUCCACAUCUGAAGGGAACUGAUUUAAGACUAGCUGGACUCACACGCUGUGUGUUUUAGUCUCUCUUUUUUAGGCACUUAGUUUUUACAUAUGAUGGAUAAAGCCAUUCUCCUGUCUUCCUCUUACCCACCGCUCUCCUUUGUAAUGAAAGGAAGGGAUGGGUGGAGUCGAGGAAAGACUUAUGUGUAAAAGCUGCCUGCCCAAGAAUUGGCCUCAUGGUUUAAGCUGCAGUGUUGCCAGGGAGUGGAUGUGUCCCUUGGCCUGCAUACCCCUAGAGCUUACGUAAAGUAGCUAGAAGUUAGGAGAUCCCAUGCACAUUUUUGCACUUUUAAAGAAAAUCUGAUGGAUACUCUCAUCAUAAAGUAAAUUUCUUUUGGCUUGGACAUUAAUUAGGACCUUUACUUGCCAAUUUACUUCACAUAUCAGGUAAAAGGCACUUACCUUUCAGUUUUCUUCUUGAAUGGUCCUUAAGAAGCCUAGUAAGUGACCCUUGAAUUUUUCUUAAAAAUCUCAUUACUGAUCCAAAAGAUGUGUGUAGACCCUCCUUUUCUAUUCCAGAUAUGGUUUCCUUUCCUGCUGGUAUAAGCAUCCAACACACCUCAAUGUGGGGCAACCUGAAGCUGUUCUCUUACGUGUCUUUAUUCUUUAUUCAGUAAUUUAUCAGUUGGAAAUUGGAGUGAAGGUUCCUAUUUUUGUUGUUGGAAACACCUGAGUUUAAAUCUUUUUCCUUCCUGGAGCAAUCCAGGAAUCUCAUAAAUAUUGUUGCCUGAGAAAAGAGGGCCAAGCACUUCUGUCAGGAAGGAAGGAAUGUAAGGAGUGAAAGGAAGGAAAGGGGAAGAUGCAGGAGAGGAAAGAGGUGGAAUGGGCCUCACUUAGGCACGACUGUUGCCUCUGGUAGUGCAGGUGCUUCAUGAGGGUCCUAGAAAGAAACUCAGGACCCCAUGGUAACAGUUGGACAGAAACCAGCCAGGAGAGAGAGAGAGGCUCAGAGAAGUAGAGCAGGCAGUCUGAAGCACAGGGCCGUGUCAGCAGCUGGUCAGGCGUGUCAGGUGAGGCAGCUUGCCCGGCACACCCAUCCAUCUUUUGCUAAGCAGAAGGGCUUUGGAACUGAGGCCCCAGCAGCCGAGCUUUGCUAACUCUGCACCAUGCUGGAGGAACAUGAUGGUGGAGGGUGAGACUGUCAUCCACCCACCGGGAAUCUGCCCUGACCCCAAGGGGUAGAAAAUGGAAGGCCAGGGUGGUGGUUCUCAGGACAGUGCCCUGACCCGGAAGUUAACUGGAUCUCUUCUCUUCUUCCCCUUUC